UCCUCGGAUUCUGAUUGGUCCGCUGUCCUCUCCGUCGUCGCUGACAUCAAGAGCUGCUCCACCUAACGGGAAGCAACGACGGCUGCUUCAUCUCUCACUGGAGAAACGGGCGAAAGGCGAGACGAACACCUACAUAUUUGUCUUCGCCUCUCAGCCUCCAGCCAAAAUGAUCCACAGCCUGUUCCUAAUAAACGCCUCGGGGGACAUUUUCCUGGAGAAGCACUGGAAGAGCGUGGUCAGCCGCUCCGUGUGCGACUACUUCUUUGAGGCACAGGAACGGGCCACGGAGCCGGAGAACGUCCCGCCGGUGAUACCAACACCGCACCACUACCUUAUCAGCGUUCUCAGGCACCGCAUCUACUUUGUCGCAGUCAUCCAGAGUGAGGUGCCGCCGCUGUUUGUCAUCGAGUUUCUGCACAGAGUCGUCGACACGUUCCAGGACUAUUUUGGAGUGUGUACAGAGGCUGCUAUUAAGGACAAUGUGGUAGUGGUCUAUGAACUGCUAGAGGAGAUGCUGGACAACGGCUUUCCUCUGGCCACAGAGUCCAACAUCCUCAAAGAGCUCAUCAAGCCUCCCACCAUCCUCCGCACAAUGGUCAACACCAUCACAGGUAGCACCAAUGUUGGUGAACAGCUCCCUACAGGCCAGCUGUCGGUGGUGCCAUGGCGACGCACCGGAGUCAAAUACACCAACAACGAGGCCUACUUUGAUGUGGUGGAGGAGAUCGACGCUAUCAUCGAUAAAUCAGGCUCCACCAUUACAGCAGAAAUUCAGGGAGUUAUUGAUGCCUGUGUAAAACUGACAGGCAUGCCCGACCUCACUCUCUCAUUUAUGAAUCCUCGGCUGCUGGAUGAUGUCAGCUUCCACCCGUGUGUUCGGUUCAAGCGCUGGGAAGCUGAGCGGAUCCUCUCCUUCAUCCCCCCUGAUGGAAACUUCCGGUUGCUCUCCUACCACGUCAGCUCUCAGAACCUGGUGGCGAUCCCAGUGUACGUCAAGCACAACAUCACCUUCCGAGAGGGAAGCUCCCAGGGACGUUUUGACUUGACUCUGGGACCCAAACAGACCAUGGGCAAGGCCGUGGAGUCGGUCCUAGUCAGCAGCCAGCUGCCCCGGGGCGUCCUGAACGCCAACCUCAACGCCUCCCAGGGAACAUACACCUUUGACCCAGUCACAAAGAUGUUGUCAUGGGAUGUUGGCAAGAUCAACCCACAGAAGCUUCCCAGCCUUAAAGGCACCAUGAGCCUGCAGGCCGGGGCCUCCAAACCUGACGAGAACCCCACCAUCAACAUCCAGUUCAAGAUCCAACAGAUGGCCAUCUCAGGUCUGAAGGUGAAUCGACUGGACAUGUACGGUGAGAAGUAUAAACCUUUCAAAGGCAUCAAAUACAUGACGAAGGCUGGCAAGUUCCAGGUGCGGACAUAAAGACUGCUGCUCUGUGACUACUGGACCAAACCACCAUGAGACUGAGGGGUGAUGUGAUGGGGGGGAGGGGAGGGGAGUUGGUACAUUCCCUGUGUUUAUGCAUUUCAGGAUUUAACAAAUUGGAGGCUCCAUGUAGCAGUUAAGAACGGACCAUUGCGCAUAGGACCUCUGUUGAAGUAAAAGCAUCAAAUGUCCAGUAACCUGGUUAGAGUUGUGAGUCUGGACAGUUUGAACCAAGAGUCUCUCUGUCCAAGCUGAAACUCAGGCCAAACCCAACUCAUCACUAUUUAUAUUUUCACUGAUCAUUUUAAUAUUGAGCCCAAACCAAACCCAAGCAGUUACACGAGUGCCGGUUUGUGUUAAUCCUGGCUUCAUCAAGUUCAAACAUUUCAAGCUCUAACAAGCGAACAGCGAGCCACAAUCUGAUGCUGUACUGUUUCAGCUGCAGGUAUCAGGUUUGGAAGGGUCUGUCCUCCACGUCUCCACACAGUAUUUCAUUGUCUAUGGCAUGUUUGUCUCGAUAGAUGUGUGCUGCUGACUGUUUUCACACUCUGAACAACAUAUAUUGGAUAUUGGACCAAUAGAAUUCUACAGGAAUGAGUCCUAAAACCCGGAAACGAGUUAGCAUUUUAGCACUUCCGGUUCCCUCGUCUGGAAGUCAAUGGGUUUUUUGAAUUAGUUAGAUGCAAAUAAGAAAUAAGGUCUGUGGUUAACA